AAUAAUAACAAUGCUCUAUUGAAUUUCCCAUCCAUUAAACUCAAUUUUGUUUCAUUUACAAUUAAUCACAUCCUGACUACAAUGCCACCACCACCCAUCUUCAAAUUAAUGGAAAAAUUAAUUGCAAACGAAACAAAAUUCAGUUUACGAAUGGCGAAUUCUCCGUCUCAUUUCAUUUUCUACAUCAACGAUUAGUGGAUUUGAGAAAAAAAAAAGUUCCCCCUUUCCAUUUUGCCCAGAAAAUGACCAUUCUGCCCUCACUGGGUUCUUUGAUUUCUUUUUCUUUCAGGGUAUUUAAGAAAAACCGCAAGGAAUUUGUGUAUGAGAUUUUAUUUUUGGCUCUUCUUUGCGACUUGAAGUUUUAUGGGUUUUUGCUUUUGGUUUUGCUUCUCUCAACCAAGGAAGCUAUCGUUUCUACUUCGGAUGGAAGAUGGUUCAUGGAUGGUAAAUUCCAUGGUGAUUUCAUUCCUAUAUCUUCUAAUUUUAUCCAUACUUCAAAUCUUCACAAAUCACUUCCUUCAUAGAAUCCGAAAUCUUCCUCCAAGCCCAUUUCUUUCUCUACCCAUUAUAGGCCAACUAUACCUCCUUAAAGCCCCCCUCCACCGGACCCUAUCGGAAAUCUCCCGCCGUCAUGGCCCAAUCCUCUUCUUCCAAUUCGGUUUCCGUCCAGUACUGGUCGUUUCAUCUCCGUCGGCCGCCGAGGACUGCCUAUCCAAAAACGACGUCAUCUUCGCCAAUCGACCUCGUCUUGUUAGCGGCAAAUACCUCGGGUAUAAUUACACAAGCCUCCUAUGGGCGCCAUACGGAGAGCAUUGGCGAAACCUCCGUCGAAUCUCGUCGUUAGAAAUCCUUUCCAGCCACCGCCUCCAAACGCUUUCAAGUAUUCGCGUGGAUGAAGUCCGUAAGCUGAUCCGGAGACUGUAUAAUGCUGAAAACGACGUCGUAGACAUGAGGACAGAGUUUUUCCAAUUGAUGUUCAAUAUCAUGAUGAGAAUGAUCGCCGGAAAACGAUAUUAUGGGGAAGCUGUGGUAGCGGACUCGGAGGAGGGGAGGAGAUUUCAAGAGAUACAAGAGGAAACGUUUCGAUUAAGCGGCAAGACUAAUUUGGGGGACUUUUUAAGAGUUGUGAAAUGGGUUGGAUUAUCUAAAGGGAUUGAAAAUAGAUUGAGGGAGUUACAGAUUAGGAGGGAUGAUUGGAUGCAAAGUUUGAUUGAAGAACAUCGGAAGAAAAUGGAUAAUGCUCAUAGUUCUUCUUCUUCUUCUAUUCAAGGUGAUGCUAAAAAGACUAUGAUUGAGGUUCUCCUCUCAUUGCAACAAAUGGAACCUCAGUAUUAUAAAGACGAGUAUAUUAGAGGCCUCAUGCUCGUUUUGCUAUUAGCCGGAACAGAAGGUUCCAUCAAUACAAUGGAGUGGCUUCUUUCACUAUUACUCAAUCACCCACACUCUCUUCGACGGGCCCAAAUGGAAAUCGACAACGUAGUUGGAAAAACUAAUCGACUCCUGGAGGAAUCGGAUCUGACCCACCUUCCUUACCUCCGUAGCCUGAUUCACGAGACUCUUCGAAUGUACCCGCCAGGCCCAUUAUUGAUUCCACACGAAUCAUCGCAGGAUUGCCACGUUGGAGGGUUCCAUGUCCCAGCUGGCACAAUGUUAUUCGUCAACGUAUGGGCCAUUCAAAACGACCCCACCGUAUGGGUGGAGCCGGAGAAAUUUAACCCAGAUAGAUUCAAAAGCGAUGGAGAGGGGUUCAAAUGGAUGCCAUUUGGGGCUGGGCGUAGGAGGUGUCCCGGCGAGAGCUUAGGACUUCGUGUCGUUGGAUUGGUCAUAGGAUCGCUAAUUCAGUGCUUUGAAUGGGAGUCAAUGGGCGGAAAAUGUAUUGAUAUGAGCGAAGGUGGUGGAUUGACCUUGCCCAAAGCUCUCCCCCUCCGCACCCUUUGUCGGCCACGUUCAAAUGCCACACAUCUGCUUUCCCAAAUCUGAUUCAAAAUGCAUGGUCUUGUUUAGUUUGUACAACAACUUUUAAUUCUGUACAGAAAUUUGACAUAUUUUAGUAGUUGAAAACAUCUACAUUAUUUUCAA